CACUAGAGGGACACGUGCAGGGUUUAACAUCUCUGUGUCGAGGGGGGAAAGCUUCAAACUUCAGCUUUUAAACACCUCCGUUCGGGUUACAGUUUUGUUUUCCUGUGGAAGGCUUUACCGAAUAAGCAGUCAUCAUGGUAAAGCCUCAGUUUAAGGGAAAGAGCUCGAUAAACCCCUCUUCGUCCAGCACCAACCCCGAUCGAGCCAAGGGUGCAGGCGGGAACAACAUGAGGGACAGAACCACUAUCAAGCGCCUGAACAUGUACAGGCAAAAGCAAAGAUGUAACAGCCGAGGGAAAGUUGUCAAACCUUUACAGUUCCAGUCUACUGUUGCUCCAGGAACAGUUGCCAGAGUUGAACCCAACAUCAAAUGGUUUGCAAACACUCGGGUGAUCAAGCAGUCAUCCCUCCAGAAGUUUCAGGAUGAGAUGGGUGCCAUCCAGAAGGAUCCAUAUCGUGUGGUGAUGAGACAAAGCAAACUGCCCAUGUCUCUUUUGCAUGACAGAGCCAAAGCACACAACUCUAAGGUGCACAUUCUAGACACUGAGGGCUUCGAGACCACAUUUGGACCUAAGGCUCAGAGGAAGCGGCCCGCGCUCAUGGUUGGAGACGUGAAGGACCUUGUAGAGAGGGCAGAGGCUUCGGCGCUCAGCUAUAGCGCAGACAAAGACACAAACCUGGUGACGGAAGACACAGGUGUCCGGGACGAAGUGCGUGAGGAGAUUUUCAAAAAGGGUCAAUCAAAGAGGAUCUGGGGAGAACUAUACAAGGUGAUUGACUCGUCUGAUGUCAUCAUACAAGUACUGGACGCCCGUGAUCCCAUGGGAACGCGCUCCAAGAGCAUAGAGACGUAUAUGAAGAAAGAGAAACCUUGGAAACAGCUCAUCUUUGUAUUGAACAAGUGUGACCUCAUCCCCACAUGGGUCACGAAACGGUGGGUUGCCGUUUUGUCCCAGGAAUACCCAACUCUGGCUUUCCAUGCCAGCCUGACCAACUCAUUUGGUAAAGGCUCUCUCAUCCAGCUCCUCAGGCAGUUUGGGAAGCUGCACACAGACAAGAAACAGAUAAGUGUGGGUUUCAUUGGUUAUCCAAAUGUGGGAAAGAGUUCAGUUAUCAACACUCUGCGGUCCAAGAAGGUCUGCAACGUGGCGCCCAUUGCUGGAGAAACGAAGGUGUGGCAGUACAUCACACUGAUGAGGCGCAUCUUCCUCAUUGACUGCCCCGGUGUUGUUUACCCAUCAGAGGACAGUGAAUCUGAUAUUGUCCUAAAGGGGGUGGUUCAAGUGGAGAAGAUUAAAAACCCAGAAGAGCACAUCGGUGCGGUACUGGAACGAGCCAAACCCGAGUACAUCCAGAAGACCUACCGUAUCCCAACAUGGAGUUCGGCUGAAGACUUUCUUGAGAAGCUGGCAUUUCGUACUGGGAAGCUUCUGAAGGGAGGUGAGCCCGAUCUUAGUACAGUCUCCAAAAUGGUGUUAAAUGACUGGCAGAGAGGACGGAUCCCUUUCUUUGUGAAGCCUCCUGGACCUGAGGGAGAUCCUGAUAAUGAAAAACCGGUGCCCAUAAAAAGACCACCCGCUGCAGUGGAGAUCGUUCAGGAUGAACAGACAGAACAUCUGAAAACUGUCUCAGGAGAACAGGAGGAGCAGCAUCAGAGACAGAAAGAGCAGGUCCAGAAGAUCCUCACUAAUGUCCGACAGAACUUUGGCAAGAUCAACGUGGCGCCAGAGUUCACCGAGGAAGAUUUAAUCCCAGUGGAGUUGCCAGACCUUGAUGUGUCUGACUUUUCUAGCUCGGACGGUGAUCAAGAUGUUGACGAAGACGAGGGCAGGGUGGAAGAUCAGCCCAGUGUAGAGCCAGCUGAUGGAGAUGCUGAUGUCUCAGAGGAGACAUUGCCUCAGACUCACAGUACGAAAGGCAAAAAGAGUUUUCGGGAGGUAAUCCGUGAGCAUGAUGAGAAAAUUGCCAAGUACAAGCAUUUCCUGGACCGAGCCAAAUCCAAGCGCUUCUCUGCAAUUAGAAUACCAAAGGCACUUUCUGACAAAGUGUUUACAGACAUCAAGACCAAACAAGAAGCAGCAGCUAAACAAGCACAGAAGAGAGAGAAUGAGUCAACAGCUACAAAACAGAAGAUCAAGAAGAGGAAAACUGAGGAGGAUGUUGAGUCCAUGCAGCAGCAAAAGCUUACAUCUAAACAGAGAAGAGCGCUGGACCGUGCUAAGAAGGUGAAGAAAGUUGGUGUGCGUUACUAUGAAACGCACAAUGUGAAAAACAAGAACAAGAACAGAAAGGCUCCGGCACCAGCUGCAGAAAAUGGGACCAAAAGAUCAAAGCUCUAGACUGGCGAUAAACACACACACACAUAUGUAUUUAAAUGAGCCAAAUUGGCUACAUUUUAUUGAAAUGACAAAUUGGCAAAAAAGAGCUAAACAUCGACGUGUCUUUUUCCAGUGGUCACCUUGUUUUGACUUCAAGCAAAUGGCUGCACCUUUCCCUCUCAACUCUUUUCAACUACAUGUAAUUUAUCAUGCACAAAGUCAGCCAAUCUCUUGACAUUCAAGAGAAAUGUGCAAUCUGUUAAAUGUUUGAAAUAUUGCAGCCAUGGUCUUAAAAUAAAAUGCUAAAUUUCA